CCUGUGUCUUGUUCGGCCCCCCCAGCUCCAGAUGUGUCAGGAGGCCCGGGGCUGGGGGCAACAGGAAGAGCACCGAGACCAGAGGGGUUCACGCCUGGCUUCCCAGGUCCCAGAAGGAGAAGCCUGCAACCCUCCUCUCUGCUGCUCCUGGCCUUGCUCUCCGCUGCAGCCAGGGAGCAUCUUAAGACACAAGUCACGUGACAUCGCUCGUCCACUCAGCAGGGCUGCCAUGGGCUCGGUGGGCAGCCAGCAACUCCAGGAGCCCAGCGUGGCGAGCACGCCACACAGGAGCGUGGUGAUGAGCUUCAGCUUCGACAGCGGCCAGCUGGAGGAGGUGGCGGCAGGGGUAGCCCAGGCCCAGGGCAGUAGGGCCAGGGGCAUCCCGAUUUUCACGGACUCUGAGGAGCCGGUGCCUGACGACCGCUACCGCGCCGUCUACUUUGCAACGCUCCUGGCUGGCGUGGGCUUCCUGCUGCCGUACAACAGCUUCAUCACCGACGUGGACUACCUGCACCACAAGUACCCAGGGACCUCGAUUGUGUUUGACAUGAGCCUCACCUACAUCCUGGUGGCGCUGGUGGCUGUGCUCCUGAACAAUGUGCUGGUGGAGAGACUGAGCCUGCACACGAGGAUCACCGCGGGCUACCUCUUAGCCUUGGGCCCCCUCCUGUUCAUGAGCAUCUGUGACGUGUGGCUGCAGCUCUUCUCUCGCGACCAGGCUUAUGCCAUCAACCUGGCUGCGGUGGGCACCGUGGCCUUCGGCUGCACAGUGCAGCAAUCCAGCUUCUACGGAUACACGGGGAUGCUGCCCAAGAGGUACACGCAGGGGGUGAUGACAGGGGAGAGCACGGCGGGCGUGAUGGUCUCCCUGAGCCGUAUCCUCACGAAGCUGCUGCUACCCGACGAGCGGGCCGGCACGCUCAUCUUCUUCCUGGUCUCCGCGGGCCUGGAGCUGCUCUGCUUCCUGCUGCACCUGCUGGUGCGGGGCAGCCGCUUCGUGCUCUACCACACGGCGCGGCCCCGCCCCGGCCGCACGGCCGGCUACCGCGUGCACCACGACGUGGCCGCCGAGGACGUGCACUUUGAGCACCAGGGCCCAGGCCUGGCCAACGGCGGGUCCCCGAAGGACAGCCCAGCCCACGAGGUGACUGGCGGCGGGGGAGCCUACACGCGCUUCGAUGUGCCUCGGCCGAGAAUCAGGCGCAGCUGGCCCUCCUUCCGAGCCCUGCUGCUGCACCGCUACGUGGUGGCCCGCGUCAUCUGGGCGGACAUGCUCUCCAUUGCCGUGACCUACUUCAUCACGCUGUGCCUAUUUCCGGGUCUCGAGUCCGAGAUCCACCACUGCGUCCUGGGCGAGUGGCUGCCCAUUCUCAUCAUGGCCGUGUUCAACCUCUCUGACUUCGUGGGCAAGAUCCUGGCGGCGCUGCCCAUGGACUGGCAGGGCACCCACUUGCUGGCCUGCUCCUGCCUCCGUGUGGUCUUCAUCCCCCUCUUCAUCCUGUGCGUCUACCCCAGCAGCACGCCCGCCCUCCGCCACCCGGCCUGGCCCUGCAUCCUCUCCCUACUCAUGGGCAUCAGCAACGGCUACUUCGGCAGCGUGCCCAUGAUCCUGGCGGCGGGCAAAGUGAGCCCCAAGCAGCGGGAGCUAGCAGGGAACACCAUGACCGUGUCCUACAUGACGGGGCUGACGCUGGGCUCGGCCGUGGCCUACUGUACCUACAGCCUCACGCGGGACGCCCACGGCACCUGCCCCGACCGCUCCGCCGCCAACGCCUCCUUCCCCGCUGGCCUCUGAGCCAGGCCUGGGCCCCCAGCCCUGCCCAGGGAGGGCUGCCGGGGCCCUUCCCCACCCCUGCCUGCAGUGCCUGCGGGGCCCCGGCCUCCUCCCCGUGCCAAUACCGCCACCCUCUCUGGGCCCACCUGCCCUCACUCCGGCCCCAAGGUUCUGCCAAGUUCUCGGAGGCCUGGACGUGUGGCUGCCACAGGGUCCCGCCAGCACUGUGUUCUGUGUUCCGUCUUCACGCCGCCCUUUGCCACCUGCGUGUGUCUGGUGGUCCCAGUGCCAGCCAGGACAGUGACAGACCACCAGCUGGUGUCCCCUUCUGGUGACCCUCACCUGGCUCUGCUUUGAGGGCCCCAUGGCCCCAGCCACACCGUCCUCAGCACCUCCUUCACUGGGGACCCCUCGCCCCCAGGUCUCCCCCCGUCCCCGUUCUUAAACACUGGGUCUCCCCAGCAAAAUGCGUUUGUCGUGAAGGAGCUGUAAGCUCUGGGUCUGAAUGGUUUCAGACCACGGUCUGCGCUGGCCUUUCUGCAACCCCAGCUUUGGUGCUGGCCUGGGUGCACCCACCCCAUGCCAGCACCCCAUGUGCACCCUGGUACCCACCUGAUGCCACAGGCCUGGGGGUCUGUGCCUGCCUGGGGACCCCCGAUGAUUUUUCCGGAUCCUCCACCUGUGAUACAGGAGGGGGACAGUUUGGGGGCCGCAAAGCAGGGCCCACGCCCUGGCUAAAGUCAACCUGUGACCUAGGCCUUGAGCCCUGUCCAGGGAGGGACAGAAAUGCUGGAGUCCCUGGCUAGUAGGAAGGCGUGGGGUCCCCCCAGAGGUCCUGGCUGGCUCAGUGCCUUGAGCUGGGGGCGUUCCCAGAUCAUCCUGCCAAAGACGGGUUUCUCCAUGGGGAGGACAGGUACCCACGGCACCGCUGUGACCACCCUGCCCCUCUGCGUCUGGUGUCCACCCGUCUGUCCACUAACUGUACCGCACUGGCCAUUAAAGAUGAGGGCAGAGCGACUGCCCCAUCGCCGCCUCCAAGUAGCGUGUGUGCCGCCAUCGCAGCCCCUGCGGUGGGAGGAGGGGUCCUGGUGGGACACGGCCCGCGACUGGGAACCCAGGCUUCCCUCCAGACACCUGGUAGGCCCAGGACAGAUUUGUGUGGAGGGGUGGACAGUCGGGGUGGGGAGAGGAAGCAUUUGGGGUUUAAAGGGCACCUUGGUGCCCCUUUGGCCCUCAGAACAGUCAGAGACAGUGGCUGCAUCGCGCCCACUCGAAGGGGGAGAAAAGGAGGGGAGAUAGCUUGCCCCCUGCCCUGAGGGAUCAGAGCCGGGACCGGAGGCUGAGCGUUCUGGGGUCCCGUCCCGGCCCUGUUGCUGAUGUGUGUGGUUUGGACAAAUUCCUCCGCUCUCCUGUGUUUCAGUUUCCCCAAGACAGGGGUUGCCCCACUCUUUGACGUGGGUUCCGUGGAGGAGGGUUGGGGAGGAGGGGGCCGGCUGCCUGAGGGUGGCCUGUGCUCCAGGCAGGCCCGCGACCUUGGGAACCCACCCACCUCCGAACAGGCACCGGCCCCUGCAGCCACGUGGGUCAAGACCACGCGGGGCGCCGCCCCAGGGGCCACUUGGUGGCACCAGCGUGCCGCUCCUUCCGAGACUCUUGGUAUGUGGGGGUGGGGCACGCACUACCUCGUGACUCAGUUUCUCUGAAACGGGAGGACCGUCGGAGCCCUUCCCCAGCCACACGCAGAGCUGACUGCCUUCGUCAUGGCCUCACCGUUCCCUCCACACACCAACCCUCAAACAGCAAAGCCGGAUGGCCGUCCAUGUCCCAUCCACGUGCAGUGCGCUGGGUUGCUGGGCAGGUGCCCGUGGGGGCCAGCCUGAGCUGCCCUGGGUAGGGGGCGGGUGGCAACGCCAGGACCUGGGCCCAGCCUCCCCAGUCCUGGCAGGGCUGCCGCCCCUCCAUUGCACCCUGGCUCAGGGCCACCCAGACCGACAGCACUGCUGUCAUUUCUUCCAGUGUGGGUGCGGCCGGGAGGGCCUCCUCCACUCUCCUUUUUCCUGAAGUGUGACUGAUGUAAAGUAUUAUGUGAGUUACAGGUGUAUAGUGUAGUGAUUCACAGUCCUUAAGGAUUGAACUUCAUUUAUAGUUAUUCUAAAAUAUUGGCUAUAUUCCCCAUGUUGGACAAAUAUCCUUGUAGCUAAUUUUACACCUAAUAGCUUGUACCUCUUACUCCCCUACCCCUAUCUUUCCCUUCCUCCUUUUCCUCUCCCCACUGGUCACCACGAGUUUGUUCUGUGAGUCUGGUUUUUUUUACGUUAUAUUCACUAGUUUGUUGUAUCUUUUAGAUUCCA